UCAAUUCAGUGAAGAUAUGAUUCCUACUGUGGGCUUCAACAUGAGAAAAGUUACGAAGGGUAAUGUUACAAUAAAGAUUUGGGAUAUAGGAGGGCAACCACGAUUCCGAAGCAUGUGGGAGCGAUAUUGCAGAGGAGUUAAUGCUAUCGUCUACAUGGUAGAUGCUGCAGAUCGUGAAAAAAUAGAAGCCUCUCGAAAUGAGCUGCACAAUCUUCUAGAUAAGCCACAGUUACAAGGAAUCCCUGUUCUAGUACUUGGAAAUAAGAGAGACCUUCCUAAUGCUUUGGAUGAGAAACAGCUAAUUGAAAAGAUGAACCUUGCUGCUAUUCAGGACAGAGAAAUCUGCUGCUACUCAAUUUCUUGCAAAGAGAAAGAUAAUAUAGAUAUCACGCUUCAGUGGCUUAUUCAGCAUUCAAAAUCUAGAAGAAGCUGAAGUCUUCCUGGAAUCUCCAGUACCAGUUGGCCAUAAUCUCAGUUGUCCACUUCCCUCCAUAAUGAGAUAUUACCCAAAAAUCCUGUAUCAAGAAUCUGCCUUUUCACGGUUCAUUUCUCAUGUGCACUGCUGAAGACUUGUAUUCCUAUUCUGUCACAAAACAACUAGAGUUGUCAUGAUAAAGUCAGCACAAAUAUUUAUUUUACAACCAUCUAUGGUGGGAGGGUUGUGGGGGGGGCUUUUUAAAAAGAAAAAUCUCUCUACCAUGUUAACUAUGAUGGUACACUCUGUUCUGGUUUUUCAGGGCCAGGUUUUUAUAUGAUUUUCAGCAAGUGUUUUAUUUCUAGUGUUUAGUGGCUUGAAGAUGCUGAUGCUUGACAGCAUUAAGAUUCUGUAAGAUGCCACAUACAGUAGUUAGAGAACAUUUAAGCGUGAAUUGUGGGAUACUGAUUUAUCUCACACAUGCAUGUGAUGUGUGUAUGUAAGCAGAGAAACGGAAACUGUUUGCAGAGGGGAGCACAAGGCACAGAUCAGCAUCACUAAUCUACAGCUGAGAUCUUACCGUGUCACUUGAAAAAGAAAACUCUCAUGAUGAAUUAGGAAGGAGUCAACUGUUUAAAAUAAUUUUGUUGCUUCUGUUUAACAUUUGGGGGGGGGGGGGGAUUGGAAUGGACUGUUCUGUCAAGCUUUCAAAAAUUGGAGUAUUCCAGCAUGAAAACAAAUUGCUAGGAACAUCAGACUUUGUUCAAAUACAUUUUUCUAUCUGCAGAUACUAGUGGUCUCUAUCUGAAACCAGAACACACAUUCUGAGCAGCUGCAUGACACUUAAAUUACUGACGUUUUUGUAUAGAGUCAGUCGUUGACCUUUAGCACAAUAUCUAUGUAAUUGUCUAGUGUCUCUCCUGCUCAUGAAAUGGCUGGGCACAGUUUCACCUGGUGCUAUGGAAUAUCUAGGCUAUUGUGACAACUCUAGACCUGCCUGCUUUCUUGAUGUAACCAUGUGCAAAGUCUGUAAGUUGCAAGAUGAAAUGUUUUACUGUGUCAAAGCACAAGAGAGCCAAUGAAUUGAUCCUGUUUCUUGACUAGCUCCUACAGUAUAGGGAAGUAUGUAUAAACUAAAGAUUGUAAUGUUUUGUAGCUUUACUUUCUCAAUGACUUCAGUAUAUUUAAAGGGACAGACUUGUUAAGACUGGUUUGUUCAUACAGUAAUGUCAGUGUAGCUUACUAGCGUAUGCAAAUACAUGGUACACCUGCUUGUGUUGCCUCACACUGUGUGUGAUUCCUCCCUUCAGUGUAGUUUGCAUUACGUCGGAGUCUUUGGUUGGAAACACUGUUUAGUCCAUAUCAGUUAUGACAAGCCAGUUUUAAUUUAGACUGCCAUGGCCUUACUGUUUUGUACCAACUGUCGCACUGUUGCACAGACACUACAUGCUGCCUGCAUUCAGUCUGAACUUGCAUUUUAACUUUUUGUCCCCUUUCAGUUCUCUGAAGCAUGAUUUCAAUUAAUUCAUACUCUGGUGCUGUAGAGGAGAGGGUGUAUUAACUUGCUACUGUAGUCCCUAGUUCACCAGGAACUGUUACAGUUACUUUUAUUUAGCAAACUUGCUUGUGCCUAAAAUAAGGAAACUAAACUAGAAUGUGUGAAUCUUUGUGAGGGACCAGGUCACUGUUUAGUUAACUGGCCUAUAGCUAAACUUGAUGUGUUUGGUGUUUAUAUACUUCACUGCUUUCAGCAUUUAUGGCAUCCAAACACUACCAAUUGUUAACCUGUGCAUUACUCUCUGCAUGUGAAAAACUUAUACAAUUACUGAACUUUGUAAAUACGUGAAUUUUUUUAUUUAGGUGGAUGCAUAUGUUGGUUUACUGCUCUUCAGCUUUAUUCAAUAAACUUAUGUUUUGAGGGUUGUAUUGACACUU